GACUCUCCUCCCUCCCCCCCCUCCCUCAUUCUGAACCGUCUCCUAAAGGCGGAGCCCCCUCACGGUUCUUGUUCCAACAACCCUGCCAGACGCCGACGCGGGAUAGCUUUAUGAUUGUUUGUAAUAAUCCUGAGUCUACCUAGACCAUCUUUAUACGUAACAGCACUUGCCCCCUGCAGCGCUACCGGAGGCUACCUGGGUCAACUUUAUCUGGGGCGAGGCCUAGUAAGAAGAGACCGACUCGGGUUGCAGCCUCGGUCUUGCCUGAUCACCUCGGCAGGCUCAAGGUCGCUCAUCCCCCGCCAGCUGCACCCUGCCCUGGGGUUUCUUCCGCCUCUCCUCCCCUACGCCUUGCCACCUUCUCCCUCCCCACAUCACUUGCCCCUACAGUGCUGCCAGAGGCUACCUAGACCAUCUUUACAUUUAUUUGUAACAGCACUUGCCCCCUGCAGCGCUACGGGAGGCUACCUGGGUCAACUUUAUCUCGGCGAGGCCUAGUAAGAAGAGACCGACUCGGGUUGCAGCCUCGGUCUUGCCUGAUCACCUCGGCGGGGUCAAGGUCGCUCAUCUCCCGCCAGCAGCACCCUGCCCUGGGGGUCUUCCGCCUCUCCUCGCCACCUCUUUUCUUCCCACAGCACUUGCCCCUACAGCGCUGCCAGAGGCUACCUGGACCAUCUUUACCUUUAUUUGUCACAGCACUUGCCCCCUGCAGCGCUACGGGAGGCUACCUGGGUCAACUUUAUCUCGGCGAGGCCUAGUAAGAAGAGACCGACUCGGGUUGCAGCCUCGGUCUUGCCUGAUCACCUCGGCGGGCUCAAGCGCUACCGGAGGCUACCUGGGUCAACUUUAUCUGGGGCGAGGCCUAGUAAGAAGAGACCGACUCGGGUUGCAGCCUCGGUCUUGCCUGAUCACCGCGGCGGGCUCAAGGUCGCGAUGGGGCCCAGAGGCGGCCGCGUAUUCGUGGUGGGCGUCGGGAUGACCAAGUUUGAAAAGCCUGGAUCAAGAGAGAAUUUUGACUAUCCUGACAUGGCUAAAGAGGCUGCCCAGGCUGCUUUGCACGAUGCUGGGAUCUCUUAUUCUGACGUGGAACAAGCAUGUGUCUCAUAUGUGUUCGGCGACUCUACGUGUGGACAAAAGGCCGUGUACCACAGCCUCGGACUCACCGGGAUUCCCAUCCACAACAUCAACAACAAUUGUGCCAGCGGGUCAAGUGCACUGUACCUGGCACAACAACUCAUCGCUGGAGGUAGCA